AUGGGCCUAAUCUACGGUAACUUCUCGGAGAAACAGAAGCAGGUGUUUAACUCAUUCAAUGAGAAAAUUGUUGAUCUAGCCUAUGCACCGCUUGCGGGUGUUGAACAUGUUUCUUUUGAAGAUAUUAAAAAGGCUACUCCAAAAAUCAUAAUCGAUCGUCUAGACUGGACAAAGGCAACCCGAUUGAGCCAGCCACGCUCAAUAGAAGAAAUACGAGAGUGGAUUAAUAGAAGCCAAGAUGAAGAGUAUCCAUCUUUUGGUGAAAAGAGUGUUGAUAGCGGCGAGCCCUCCUACGACGCCCGGUGCUCCAUAUCAGCCAUGGAUGACUACAUGUGUGUCAUGAUUGAUGGCCCUGGAAGCUCUGGCAACUGGUCUGUUGAACUUGAAGAUCUACCAUUCAAGGUUGGUUUUUGGCCCAACGGCCAAAAACCAUAUGAAGGUGCCAGAGAACCUGCAUACUCUACGAACAAUUAUGAAACGGGAACCGAGGUCUCUGGGCAUAGUACCGCUUUCAUCAUCUCGGCCGCGAUACCCGAGGCUGAGAAACUUGCUAUCGGAGAGCUCGAAAUUCUUGUUGCAUGGGAAUCGGCACUCAGCUUCCGCGCUGUUGAAAAGGGAUUUCAAGGAUGGUCUAUGAAUGUGAUUACAGCUUGGUCAACCACAUGCCGCUUGAUCGUCGCUGAGGUUGACUAUGAACUGUCGGCGACGAAACUGCAUGUUGAUGAUCCAAUCGAACUUGAGAAGCACACCAAAAAUACUCCUGAGAUUGAAAUUCUCCUGGGUUGGAUGCUUCCCCAUGUCAAGGGAGACUUGAGGUGCUUGCACCUGCCAGCUUCUGAAAAACUCCACGGCAGAAUGUCGACUCUUAGCAUUCAGCCCACAGACGAGGCAAAUAAGGCCGCAAUAGACAAUAGCGACUAAAGCCACCAAGACUAGAACCAACGAUAGCAG